CCCUCCGCGGCGCCGUGACUGCGUGUGCGACGGCGGCGGCUCCUCGGGAAGCGCGUGAGGCAGAGCCGCGGGGGGAGGGGAGGGAACUACUUUCAGUAAACUCAAGCACUGGGCGGGCGGUGGGCAUCGCGGGUAGAGUGGCGGCGCGGACCCGUCUGGCGGACGGCGCAGGGUCCGCGGGAUUACUUUCUUCACCUCGCUUUUUCCCCCUCCUCCCUUUCCCCCGAGGUUAUUUUGGAUCAAGCUGUGGCGGCGGAAGAAGCUUGAAGUCAACGCUUCCGCCCAGUUUUCCUGUGAGGAGGGGGCGGAGGCGGCUGCGAGGAGCAGAGGCUGCUGUGGCCGCUAAUGGAGUUGCUGCCGGGAAGGGAGCGUUGCCGCUGAACUUCCUUGCGGGCUUUCGCCCUCCUCUCUGCCUCGUCCUGCGGCCGGAGGCUCCUCUCUCGCUCUGGCGGCUCCGCUUCCCUUCCCUCCCCGCUCUUCUGCUCACACAAACAGCCGUGACGCAUCCUCUCUCUUCUCCGUCCCCCCUUCCCACCCCCGGGCUGGUUUAAAACGCCUCCCUCCCCCCGUCACCAGCCUUCUCUUUGGGGCCGGUUCGUCCUCCCUCCGCAGUGCUCGGCGUCGCUUUGGAGGGGGUGGGAGAGCCCAGCCGAGACGCUCAGCCCCCCUUCCCCCCGCCUCCCGCCCCGGCCUGUGGCGGCUCCGGUGUCUGGAGGAAUUCGUGGCGUCGCCUGCCCCGGCUGGGCGCAGGAGGCGGCCGAGCAGCAGCAGGAGGAGGAGGGCAGCAGCGAAGGCGGCUGCAGCGGGAGAUGAGCUGCAGCGGGAGGACGGUGCGGUGCAGUUUUUUGCGGCGGGGAGCCCUCCCUUGUCUCCACCACUCUGUUCCCUUGUAACUGGGAGCAGCUCGAGAGCAGAAGAUCUGUGGUUAUUCCAGCUGUUUCCACCACUACCUUCAACAUCAUCAUCUCUAAAGACAGGGGAAAUACGUUCCAGCUCCGGACGACGGGAUUUCGUGUUUCCAGGAUAAAGAUCGCUCUCUUCCCCUUUCCCCUCCCUCGCUUCACAACAUUGCCCGUGCCCUGGCCGGGGGCGGCGGAGCCGGGGGGGUAACAAUGGUGAAGUUUCUGGUGAGUUCUGGCUGCGCCCUGGCUGCGUCGGUGCUGCUCCGUCUCCCUGUCGGAUCGCGGUGAGGAGAAAAUGAGCGAAGAGACGGCGACUUCUAACAACGAAGGAAAGUCUCAGCGUCCUCAGCUGCUGGCAGAAGUGGCUCUUCACCUGAGGAGAAAAGAGAUAAAAAGACUCCAUGUGUCUAAAGUGUGCAACUACAAUCUGAAUUUAUCUUUGAGUGAAAUAUAUUGAUAGAGUCCAAUGAAUUAUUCAACCUCCAGUAACAUUAUUAAGCAUCAAGAUAGAGACAUUUUUAUUUGCAGUAAUAGUUAUGCACGAGUGCGAGCUGUGGUAAUGACCCGGGAUGACUCAAGUGGUGGAUGGUUACCACUUGGAGGGGGUGGACUAAGCUGUGUCACAGUCUUCAAAGUCAUUCCCCAGGAAGAGAAUAGCUGUGCUGAUUUUCUUAUCCAUGGAGAACGACUCAGGGAUAAAACGGUGGUCUUGGAAUGCACAUUAAAGAAGGACCUCGUUUACAACAAAGUUACUCCUACUUUUUACCACUGGAAAAUUGAUGACAAAAAGUUCGGCCUCACAUUUCAGAGUCCUGCUGAUGCAAGAGCAUUUGACAGAGGUAUUCGGAGAGCAGUAGAGGAUAUUUCUCAAGGUUAUCCACCAUCCCAAAAUGAUGUUGAAGUGGCAGAAGGUUGUGUUCAAACUACUCAAGAAAAUACAUCAGGUUCAUUAAUGAAAGAUCACCUUUUCCAACAUGAAACUGUAGUAACCAGUGAACCUUACAACAGUGCAAAUUUAAGGCCUUCAACAUUUGAGGAUUUCAGCACCAGGAGAGCCUGUUUUCCUAGCCAACCUAACCAGGUCCCACUGAAGCCAAUCAGACACGUUAGUUUUCAGGAUGAAGAUGAAAUUGUUAGAAUAAACCCUCGUGACAUUUUGAUACGUCGUUAUGCAGACUACAGGCAUCCUGACAUGUGGAAGAACGACCUGGAGAGAGAUGAUGCAGACUCAAAUAUACCAUUUUCUAAAUCAGACAGUAAAAAAUCUGACUAUUUAUACCCAUGUGGGGAUGGAACUAAGUUGAAUUCCCUGAAAGACUCGAAGAGUUCUGUGGUAUUUAAAACUCAGCCUUCCUCAUCAAAAUUUAAAAACUCGAAAAGAAGAAAAGAGGAUGGUGAGCGUUCCCGCUGUAUAUACUGCCAGGAAAGGUUUAAUCAUGAAGAUAAUGGCAGAGGGAAAUGUCAAGAUGCGCCAGAUCCUAUUAAAAGAUGUAUCUACCAAGUUAGUUGCAUGCUUUGCGCAGAGAGCAUGCUGUAUCACUGCAUGUCAGACUCUGAAGGAGAUUUCUCUGAUCCUUGCUCGUGUGACACUAGUGAUGACAAGUUCUGCUUACGCUGGUUAGCACUGGUGGCCCUCUCAUUCAUUGCUCCGUGUAUGUGCUGCUACCUCCCCUUGAGAGCAUGCCAUCACUGCGGUGAGGUGUGUGGGUGCUGUGGAGGCAAGCAUAAAGCUGCGGGAUGAAUCAGAUUGGUGCCAAACAGAGCUGAAAAAUCUUUGUUUCCAGGAAGCAUCUAACUUGGAAUUGUGGAAGCUUUUUGGCAAGCUGAAGGGAGUCUUCUUUCAUGUAGGAGAUGCUUGAUGUGGAGGAAGCAACAAGACUUGUCAGACCUUGGCAUUUUACAAGUGCUAGCCAUGCCUAACUAUUUCCUUUCAGCGUGUGGCGUUUGUUGCGAGUUGUGAAGGAGAUUUUGCAAAGGAAAGCCUAUUCUUAUUAUUGGCUAUAAAAUGAAUAUAUAAACUAUGAUUAUACUAAAAGGGAUUAACUUUUGCCACUUUGUACAUUCAUGGUUUAGGUGAGGGGACUCUUUUAAAAGGAUUAAAACUUACCUGAGGGGAAAUCUUAACUAAAAGUGCACUAGUGACAGUUAAGAUUAAGAAAAGUUAAUACUUGGCAAAUGAGAAAUGAAACUGAUUUUAAGUGCAACUAAAUCACUUGUUAAUAGUUUUUUGGAAGCGACUUUAUGUAUAAAUAACAAAUGUUUAUAUUUAACUAAAUGUGUAAGGUACGAAUUACUACGUGUUAAACUUUCCUUCCCUUUGAUACAGUAGGUAUGGGUGAUAUCUACUGUCACAUUCCAUGGUAGUAUUUUAAAUAUUUAAUUAGUUAAUUUAGUCACAUUUUUAUUCCAGAUGAACAAAUUGAUAUUUUCAAUCCUGUUUCCCUUCAGCUACAGUUUGUGUUGAGUUGUAUCCAUACAUUCUGAUAAUCUAAAAACCUUUAAAAUAUUAAUUAUUCUAGUCUUGAGUGACCAAUAUUUUUUUGUUAAGCACAGAUGUAAUUGUCUAAAAUGUUCUUGUUAGAACAUAACAUUUAUUUUUAUAUAUAAAUGACUUUGAUUUCAACAUAAUAGCAAAAAGGAAGUUAUUUCUGUUGCUCAACCAGCAAGUUGUUUUCUUUUGGGGUGUCCUCCAAAACCACUUUCUUGCAUAUUCAAAUGUUCAUUAGCAAAAGGUACAUUAAGACAGUUGUAAUAAAUUGUCAUCAGUGUUCUUGUUUAUCCUUCUGUUAAACUAGGAUCCUGUUCGGCUGUUUAUCAAGUACUAUGAUUAAAACGAAAGAUUAAUAACAAAA